AUGAAGAUACUGGUUUUCACUGGACUGCUUUCUGUUACCUCCAGUCUUUUCACAGCAGCUUCAGAAUUUUCACUGAAUGGCUCUGCAAUUAAAACCGUGUCUCUUAUCAAGACUUUCCGUGGAAUUUCAGCAAGAGACUAUGAUUACAUCCCCCCUUAUGCUAUAGAAGGGGAGACAACGACCAUCCAUAUCAGAGAACACAAAUGCUCUUCUAAACAGUCAAAUGACUCCACUUUAACAGAAGUGAACAACACCACACUGGAAUACCUGACCAGUUCUCUGAGCACCAAGCUCAUACCCGCCGUCUACCUCAGUGCUGUUUUAUUGGGUGUACCCUCUAAUGCCAUUAUUUUGUGGAUGCUGCUCUUCAGGAUCCGGUCUGUGUGCACUGCCAUCCUCUAUACAAACUUGGCAGUUUCAGACCUCCUCUUCUGCAUCAUGCUACCCUUCAAAAUAGCAUACCACAUCAAUGGGAACAACUGGAUUUUUGGGGAAAUGAUGUGUCGAACUACCACGGUGGUGUUUUACGGCAACAUGUACUGCUCCAUUCUGCUGUUGACAUGCAUCAGUGUCAGCCGCUAUGUGGCUAUUGUUCACCCCUUCACCUACAAGAGCCUGCCGAAACGUGCCUAUGCCAUUGCGGUCUGCGCUACCGUGUGGACCGUCGUCUUCUUGUACAUGCUCCCACUUUGCAUAAUGCAGCAAAGCUAUUAUGUGAAACAACUGGACAUUUAUACCUGCCAUGAUGUGCACAACACCUGCGAAACGAUAUCUUCCUUCCAGUUCUACUACUAUGUUUCUUUAGCUAUCUUUGGGUUUUUAAUACCUCUUGCAACUAUUGUUUUCUGCUAUGUCUCAAUUAUACAAACACUCAAGACUCAUGAAUGGUUCUGGUACGUUAAGGUCAGUCUUUUGAUCCUUACCAUCUUUGCUAUUUGCUUUGUGCCAAGCAAUAUUAUCCUUAUUAUCCAUCACAUCAACUAUUACUAUUACAACACAGAUGGGUUGUAUUCUUUUUAUCUUAUUGCUUUAUGCCUUAGCAGCUUAAACAGUUGUCUCGAUCCUUUCCUUUAUUUUCUGAUGUCAAAAAUUAGAAGUCAAUCCAAUAUUUAUCUAACAAUGGUUAAAAUAUCCAGGGAAAAGUGA